CCCCUGCCCAGAAGUGCCGCGGCUGCCACGGACACCAUGUAGUAGGGCCGGCCGCGGCACCCAGUGAGCUGCGAUGGUUUUGUACACGACUCCCUUUCCUAAUAGCUGUCUGUCUGCCCUGCACGCCGUGUCCUGGGCCCUCAUCUUCCCAUGCUACUGGCUAAUAGACCGGCUGGUGGCCUCUUUCAAACCCACCACCUACGAGAAGCGCCAGCGGGCGGAUGACCCGUGCUGCCUGCAGCUGCUCUGCACUGCCCUCUUCACGCCAAUCUACCUGGCCCUGCUCGUGGCUGCACUGCCCUUUGCCUUUCUUGGGUUCCUCUUCUGGUCCCCCCUGCAGUCUGCCCGCAGGCCCUACACCUACUCACGGCUGGAGGACAAGGGUCCAGCUGGUGGGGCAGCCCUGCUCAAUGAAUGGAAGGGCACAGGGACUGGCAAAAGUUUCUGUUUUGCCACUGCCAACCUUUGCCUCCUCCCAGACUCACUCGCCAGGCUCAAUAACCUUUUCAACACCCAAGCACGGGCCAAAGAGAUUGGGCAGAGAAUCCGCAAUGGGGCUGCACGGCCCCAGAUCAAAAUCUACAUUGAUUCACCCACCAACACUUCCAUCAGUGCGGCCAGCUUCAGCAGCCUGGUGUCACCUCAGGGCAGUGAUGGUGGGACCAGGGCUGUCCCUGGGAACAUCAAAAGGACAGCCUCUGUGGAAUACAAGGGCGAUGGCGGACGUCACCCCAGUGAUGAGGCUGCUAAUGGCCCGGCCUCUGGGGACACAGCUGAUGGUGGUAGCCUUGAGGACGCUUGCAUCGUGCGCAUUGGGGGUGAGGAGGGGGGUCGGCCACCUGAAAUGGAUGACUCUGCUACUGGGAGCCAAGUCAGGAACGGGGCCAGUGGGGGCCCGAAGGGCCAGACGCCUAACCACAAUCAGCGGGAUGGGGAUUCAGGGAGCCUGGGCAGCCCCUCGGCCUCCAGGGAGUCCCUGGUGAAGGCGCGAGCCGGGCCGGAUGGCAGUGGCGGUGGAGAGCCAGGCGUCAACAGCAAGCUCCUGUAUAAGGCCUCAGUGGUGAAGAAGGCAGCUGCACGCAGGAGGCGGCACCCAGAUGAGGCCUUUGACCAUGAGGUCUCAGCCUUCUUCCCUGCCAACCUGGACUUCCUGUGCCUGCAGGAGGUGUUUGACAAACGGGCAGCCGCCAAGUUGAAAGACCAGCUACAUGGCUACUUCGAGUACAUCUUGUAUGAUGUCGGGGUCUAUGGCUGUAGAGGCUGCUGCAACUUCAAGUGUCUCAAUAGCGGCCUCUUCUUUGCCAGUCGCUACCCGGUCAUGGACGUGGCCUAUCACUGUUACCCCAAUGGGUGCAGCUUCGACGCCCUGGCCUCUAAGGGAGCUCUGUUUCUCAAGGUGCAGGUGGGAAGCACACCUCAGGACCAAAGAAUUGUCGGUUAUAUCGCCUGCACACACCUGCACGCCCCACCAGAAGACAGUGCCAUCCGGUGUGAGCAGCUGGACCUGCUUCAGGACUGGCUGGCUGAUUUCCGAAAAUCUACCUCCUCGUCCAGUGCAGCCAACCCCGAGGAGCUGGUGGCAUUUGACGUCAUCUGUGGAGAUCUGAACUUUGACAACUGCUCCUCAGAAGACAAGCUGGAGCAGCAGCACUCCCUGUUUACACGCUACAAGGACCCUUGCCGUCUGGGACCUGGGGAGGAGAAGCCAUGGGCCAUUGGUACCCUGCUGGACACAAAUGGCCUGUAUGAUGAGGAUGUGUGCACCCCUGACAAUCUGCAGAACAAGAGCCCAGGGGCUGGGCAGAAGGGGCGGAAGGACCUGCUGAAGGGCAAUGGCCGGCGCAUCGACUACAUGCUGCAUGCUGAGGAGGGGCUGUGCCCCGACUGGAAGGCUGAGGUGGAAGAAUUCAGUUUUAUAACCCAGCUGUCCGGCCUGACCGACCACCUCCCAGUGGCCAUGCGGCUGAUGGUGUCUUCAGGGGAAGAGGAGGCAUAGACCAGCCAAGUCGCCAGCAUCCAGAGCAGUGGGGGGACUCUGCCAGCCCUUCAAGCCACAGCCCAUCCCUGUGCUGUGUCCACUCUAUCAAGCAGUGCUGGGGGGAGAAGGGCAGGGGACAGGAGCGAGCCAUGGUCAGUUCCCCAGGGAGCCUGGAAGCAUCACUGCUUGGCACCUUUGGGCCCUAUCAGCGUACAGGACUCAGGCUGGCCCAGGAGCCCCUGGCUGUCUAAUCAGUGCCAUUCUUUCCAAACGUAAUUUUCUACAGAUCUACACAGCACAACCUAGUUUGUAACCCGAGGGUUAGUACGAAGACGGGGUUUAUGUACUCUUUGUAUCUCUUCUUAAGCUUCGUCGGGGUUCGUUACUUUUGUCUGCUGCCAAUGUUGUCUCGCAUGCCCGCACCCUCGCAUGCUUGCUGCCCGCAUGCCAUGCGCCACACUGUAGCCACACAGACCCCUGCCUGGGCCUCCCCCAAGGCCAGACUCCAAACACAAUCAGAACCAGCCAAAGAAGCACUGCCUGGGCACGGCCACCAGCUCUCUGCCUCCAGCCCAGACUGCGUGCAGGGGACAGAGGACCGAAGUGAGGGCUGUUACUGGCCAGCCCAGGGCUCUUCCCAGGGUCUUGCAUUCAAGGGCAAUUACAUUUUAAAAAGAAAACAGAAAAGUUAAAAAUCACUCUUCACUCUAAAGGGUCUGCAAGUUGCCAGGUAGAACUUUGCUGUUCCGGAACGGAGUCCCUUCCCUAGUCCACACACUGGGGGUCAAGCUGGCUCCUGCCCACCAGCAGCUCCUCUGGGAGACUGAUAGGGGCAGCGGAGCCAUAAUGGGAAACCCAAGAGGGUGUUACUUUUUUUACAGGAAGGAACUCAGCCUAACAGGGAAGUGUGUGGGGUAGGGGAGGAUCCUAAUUUUGGAAAAUGACAGGUUUGUA